AACCAGACGAUAAGGGUGUCUGUAGAUCCAGAGGAUGCACCGAGAGGGCCAUAGACAGUGUAUGGAGAGGGCUGCCUGCUUCCUUUAGGGCUCCGGUGUCUGUGUUUACUGCUGAGCUGAUGCCAAACGAAGUAGCAGCAUUUAUCACCACGUGGAAAACGGCCACGACUUGAGCUCUACUGGCGACGUGGGAACAGACGUCUACCUUUAUCUCCAUUAAAAGGCGGAAUCGAACAAAUAAGAUGAAGCUUCUUUGGUUCCUAACUCUGGCUGUUUUCUACUGCGCAGUAGAAUCCAAAUACACUCAACCCCUGGUUAAAGUGUACAGCCGUGACCCAGGGGAGUUUGGAAAGGAAAACACCCUGAUUUGCCAUGUCAGCAACUUCCACCCCCCUGCCAUCACCAUCCAGCUGAUGAAGGAUGGUGUGGAACUCCCUAAUGCCGUGCAGACUGACCUGGCCUUCAAACACAACUGGCACUUCCAUCUGACCAGAAAUGUUCCCUUCACGCCCCAGGGUGGAUCCAAGUUCACCUGCAGAGUCACUCACAAUGGAGGGAAGCCCCUUGACUAUGCUUGGGAGUCAAACAUGUAACUGUCAGUGGAGUCCCUGAUUGAGGGAUGCCCAAGACUGUCUUCUGCAACAGCGACAUUUGAUUAGCAAUUCUUUUUAUCUGACAAAGUUAGUAAGGGUGAUUGUUUUAUCACGCUUACUAACUUUGUCAGAUAAAAACAAUUGCUAUUCAAAUACAAGAAAACAGCAAAAGGAGCAUAAUCAACCUGCAACAUUUGUUUUACAUAUCUUUAACCAACAUUUAUUCUUCAUCUCUUCAAUCAACAAUCACAUGGUUUUUUUUUCCUGACUUUCACAUUUUUUUUCUCACAACAAUAAAUAGCAGUGUAUCAUAGUUAGGUAAUAAUUUGUCACUCACCACUAUGAGUAAAUGUAGGGACUGCUUGUUUUAUAGCCAAUUAUUGGAAGUGUGUUGCUAAGAUAACUUGUGUUUGAUACUGAAAAUUGCGAUUGUCUGAGGCUAAAAUGAAAAAAUGCUUAUGUUUCUGUCUGCAUAAAAGAGGGGCCAGAAAGUUAAAUGUUUAAAAUGAAUAUUACAUGACUGGGGUAUUCUUUUCUGAAUCAGAUGGAAGUGUGCUCUGAAAUUUUGAUUUACUAUUUAAGAUGUUAAGAGGACACUCUUCCUAAAUAAAGAAAUCUGGGAAAAUGUG